AUGGAUUCUCUUCACCGGCCCCUGCCCUUGGCGCUCUUGUUCAUCAUCCCGCUCCUCUUACUCCUCGGCCUCCUUGCUCAAUCUCGCCGGCGCUUGCCCUUCCCGCCUGGGCCAAAAGGCCUCCCCAUCAUCAGCAACAUGCUGAUGAUGGACCGGCUCACCCACAGAGGCCUGGCCAAGCUCGCCUCCCAAUACGGUGGCGUUUUCCACCUCAAAAUGGGCUUCCUCCGCAUGGUCGCCAUCUCUGACCCCGACGCCGCUCGCCAAGUUUUUCAGGUCCACGACAACAUCUCCAACCAACCCGCCACCAUAGCCAUCAGCUACCUCACCUACGACCGCGCCGACAUGGCCUUCGCUCACUACGACCCCUUCUGGCUCCAGAUGCGCAAGCUCUGCGUCAUGAAGCUCUUCAACCGCAAGAGGGGGGGAUCGUGGCAGUCGGUGCGAGACGAGGUGGACACGGUGGUGCGCACCGUGGCCAGCAACACCGGCAAGCCGGUGAAUAUUGGACCUUUGCGUUAA